AAACGACUUAUGCAUACAGUAAUUAGCAUGCAUUCUUACCUGUAGCGAUUGCGCAUGUAGUGGGUGACACCUCACCUCGCCCACCGAGACCACCACCAGCCAAACAUGUCGGUCCAGCAGCAACAACUCCCGCUCCCCGAUGGCCCCGGCCCUCAUUCCACCGGAUCCGCCACCGGCGCAACUACCACUGCCGGCGCCGUCCCCCCUUCCACUAGCUCCGUCGCCUCACCAUCCCCCGGUCCGGCUUAUAAGCGCGCAAGCCGCAAAGGCGCGACUAAGCGUUUUGCCUGCAACUAUGAGGACUGCAACAAGGUGUAUUCUAGGGCCGAACACCUCCAGCGCCAUCAGCUCAACCACGAUCCCAAGGAGAUAUACCGAUGCGAUUUCGCCGGUUGCGAACAGCAGUUCGUUCGCGCCGAUCUCCUAUCACGCCAUAAAAAGCGGCAUUCGGCCUCGUAUGUUCCCCGAAACCGCUUACCUAGCUUCAGCACCCCCAAAGACCACCAUGACCUGCCCACUCCAGGCCAAUCAACCUCCUCCCAGGGACAGACGCCCGCCUCGUCCGCUUCUCACCAGGUAGCCAUCGAGUCUCGCUCCAUCUUCCAAGGCGCCCCCCAUGAUGCUGCCAUCCUCCUCAUUCCUGAUUCCCGCUCGCAACAACCGCAAUCGCAGCACCAGGCUCUGCCGUCUCUCCAGCAUCUCCAGUCCCACCAUCAGCAGCAUCAGCAACAGGGGCACCAUUCGCACCAUCAGAGCUCGUCAGCCAUGGGCCAGCAUGCGAACUCUCACUGGGCAUCUCCAACAACCAACAUAUCUUCUAAGAAUGAGUAUUUCCAACGCAAUGCGAACCAUGGCCAUAUAGCUAGUCAACAGCCGCCCCUUCUACCAUAUAACCCAAACGUCGACUUCCCCAGCGAGGACCUGGCCAGAGAGAACUUCGCCGUCUGGCUGUUCAACCCGCAAGACUACAACUGCGACCUCGGCGUCUCCCAUCUCCCAUUUCUCGAUGGCGGACUCGAGUCGGCAUUGAACAACAACAUUCAUUACGACUAUGACUCCAUCACCAGCGGUCGCUCUCAGGUCGAUAGUACUCCUACCCGGGUCACCGAGCCCGACAGCGAUUUCAUUACCGAGGCCCGUCUCCAGGAACUAUCCAGCCUGUUCUUCGCAUACAAUGCGACGCAAUUAAGAUCCAGACCCAAUGGCCUGCGCAUCACAGAGGUUGUCGACAAAAGUGGCUGUGGAACUAUGCCGGUCCUGAAUCUCGAAAUGACGCGCGACUGCUUGCAGGAGUAUUGGGACCAUGUGUCGGCUCGCCUCCCAAUUGUUCACCAACCCACCUUCUCUUACAAUAAGUGCUCGGUGCACCUCCUCCUAGUCAUGAUUGCGUUGGGCGCUGCAUCGCUUCGCAUGAGAAACUGUGGCGACUGCUACACCCACUACGACGUCGUUGCCGACAUUAUCGUCCUCGGUGUGCGGUUGGAUAUACUGGGCACGGAGGAGGCGAUUCCGCCUAUAGCAUUAUGGGUUGCGCAGGCGUUAGUCUUACUUGAAUUCUACGAGAAGCUCUACUCGUCCAGACUCCUACACGAGCGAGCCCAAACCUACCACCCAGUCCUUUUCAACCUUCUACGUCGAGGAAGUCCACUCAUCGGCCGCUCAGGUAGCGAAUCGCCUCCAGAACCAACCGGCUCUGCAGAUUAUAACGGCAACAUCACUCAAAACGUCACGAACCUGGACUCUCGAACUUGGUGGUCUCGAUGGGCGCAAACAGAGUCAAUGCAUCGCGUUGUCUUUGCCGCUUUUAUGUUGGAUAUCACUCAUGCAGCCAUGUUUGGUCAUAAAGCCGACAUGGUGCCAUAUGAGAUACAGCUACCUCUACCAUGCGAUGAUAAUCUGUGGUCGGCUUCGAAUCCUGACAAUGUUCGCCAGCUCGAUCAAAAUCUCCGAAUGUAUGGCGUCAAGCCAGUAUCGUUCCUUGAGGGGCUGAAACUCGCAAUUCACGGCAAAGAAGUCAUGACCCAUUCAUUUGGCCGCAUGAUCAUCAUGUCAGGCCUCCUCAGUGUCGGCUGGCAUCUUCGACGCAAAGAAACACACAAUCUGAUGGAUCUUACAAAGAUUCCCAACAGCAAAAGUGACAGCUGGAAGAUGACUCUGUUGAGCGCGUUUGAUCAAUGGAAGGCCUACUUCGACAAAGCCCAGGGGUCUCUAGGAGGGUCAAACAUGGUUGAUCCCAUUGUGCCCUAUACCGGUUCAAACGGCCCGAUACAGAGUGCCGCAGUGCUCUAUCAUUUGGCGCAGUUCAGUUUGUUUACUGACAUUCUGGAUUGCCAGAUCCUUGCCGGCGCGAAACGUCUCUUGGGCCAAAAAAUAUCAGAUCAAGCCUAUAUCAAGGUUGUGCCCAAAAUGAAGGCCUGGGCAAGCAUACCAGGCACUCGCCAUGCGAUUCUUCAUGCCUACAAGGUACUCCAUUGUAUCCUUGUUGACCCACGAGGAAACAAGGGCGAGCAGAAUUGGCAAAACAAAGGCCACGGGCUUCCACCGAUCACUAUGCAGCCAUACUCUUGCCGCAAUGAGCCUGAUCCGCACCGGCCGUGGAUCAUGUAUUACGCUGCCCUAAGCAUAUGGGCCUUUGUCCGUGCUUCUACACUUACUAAUGUUGCGCCCGUCUCGAGUAUCAGUUCUCGCUCCAGGAAACCCGAGCAAGUCAACUUCAAUCGCGUUGCCGCUUAUCUCUCCAAAGUCGCAGCUCUUUCCGAGUUGCCGGAAUCUGCCGCAGCUGGCCUCAAGGAUGGGUUACCUGAAUUGCUCGACGUCCUGUGCUCAGUCCUCUAUGAAGCCAACUCGGAACUUCUCAAAGAGGCAUGUGAGCGGCUCACUUGUUGCAAAGACAUUCUUACCUCGGAGCAGUGAUGGUGGUAUACAAUGGGGCAAAACAUUUCCUGCACCUAAUAGGAACGAGUCACAUGGCACAUUUGGAAGACAAUUCUAGAAUCUUUCGGCGCACCACUGUGCG